AUGGGUGGCGCAGCAUCGUCAGAACCCGAACCCAAGACAAUUGUUGUCGCCAACGGGAAGAACAUGGCCGUCUUGUACAAGGGACAACAUGUCCUCACCGUUACGGAUCAACCUGGCAUGGUUUAUGGUGCAGCAACUCUACCCGCGCCGUCGAUGGGUGUGAAGGGACUCUGGACGAUUCUCGAUGCCGCGGGCCAAUCGGUCAAUCUCGACACGCUCGCCUCGCAUGUGCUUGCGAUUGACGUGAGCAUCUGGCUCAACCAGCACAUGAAGGCCAUGCGCGACGCUGAGGGGAACGUCAUCCGCAACGCGCACCUCAUCGGCCUCUUCCGCCGCCUCUGCAAGCUCCUGUACUAUGGCAUCAAGCCGUUGUUCGUGUACGAUGGCGGCGUUCCCGCACUCAAACGCCGCACGCUGAGACGCCACCAAAAAGACCUUGCCCAAGACUCGCUCAAGAAGACGGCCGAAAGGCUGCUGAGCAACGAGCAACGCGCUGAAACGGCAAAUGCUGGCUGCUGCUGCUGCUGCUGCCAUCGUCGUCAGCAGCAGCAGGAUCGUCAAGUGGAGCUCCGCAUGGCGGCCACCGGCACCGAUGCACAGCGCGCUACCGAGCGAGCCUAUGCUGCUCUCAAACAAAAAACCUCCCGUGAUGAUGCGGAUGAUGUAUUUGCUUCCUAUUCUCGGUCCGAAUCGACGGCCGCCACUCCCUCCCAACAGAGCAUGCCUGCCAACGCUCGUGGCGCAGACGAAUACGAGGAAGAGGAUGACGAAAACGGCCAGGAUGAUGAUGCUCGGCACGAAAAGCAACUCGUGUCGCAGUUGGACACUCAACCUAGUGCCCUGAUUCGAUUCGAUGCCCACCGAUUGCGGUACUGGAAGCAGCUCUCACGCGUCGACACAUCCUCGCCUGAAUUCCUCGCUCUGCCACCGGAAGUGCAGCAUGAAAUCCUCACCGAAGUCAAAGAGUACCGUCGACGCACAGCCUGGGCUCGGUUUGAUCGGCUACAAGCGAAGGCCACAACGGGCGGCUCCUUUUCCGAUUUCCAGGUGCAAAAUCUUCUUCGCAAAAACACCAUUUCCCAGCGGCUCGACACUCUCGAGAAGGCAAUGAUGACCAGCAGCUCGUUUGAUUCUGGUAUCGAGCUUCGGCGCGUUGCUGGCGAAGCAGACACUGAGAUUCUCUUGCGCAGGACUGUCGCCCUCAACAACAAGCAGGAAGACAACAACGAGCACAUCACCCAAGAGGACAGCAUCUUGGCUGUUGUGAAUGAGCUGAUUGCCAAGCGUGCCAGAUCGUCCAAGGCACAACAAGCUCGCGUGCAGGCCCCUUCGACUUUGGCUCGCGUCCCAACCACUCCAGCACCACCGCUCUCGUUUUCAACGGAUUUUCGCAGCACUUUAACCAAAGAGCCUCCUGCGCUCGAUGCCGAGAUUUCGGCUGGGGCCAUGUUUGAUGACGAAUUUGAGCCGCUCGAAGAGGAUGGAUCGGGUGACGAUUUCGGCGGACUCUACAGCGACAGCGACAGCGACAGUGACUUGGAUGAUUUGGACAGGGCUGUUUCUGCUGCUAUGCAUGACGAUGACGACAACGACAUUGCCGUUCUUCAAAUUGAACAGGCUCAUGCGGGUCUUCCGGCACGUCGCGGAGAUGCCCAAGAGGAUGCGGAGCUAGAGUACGCCAAAGCCCUUUCGCUGGAGGAGGCUGCCACUGCCAACAAAGCCGCUGCGAGAGCAGCGUUGGCUGCCGGCUUGACAUUUUCCCAUGAUGAUAUCAGAGGAGCCUGUGAAGGAGACGAUGACCUCUUCUCUGCCGAUAUGUUUGUCCCCGUCACUGACGACCAACCGUCUUCAUCUGUCGCGGGCGAAGCGCACAUGGAGCAGUUUGAUGAGAGCGACGAGCAAACGAUGCUGCCGCAAUUUGUGCCCUUGGCCAAGCCGUUUCGAUCUGUGGCCUUCUCGCAAUCUUCCGAGUCAGCAAAGCCACCUCCGCCAAGCUCGGCGACUCACAUGGUUGUUUCAGACGACAGUGAAAGUGAAGAGGACGAGUCGUCAUCAGUGUCGGCACCAGCCACCGUUGCCGCAUCUUCAGCGUCUUCCUUGUCUGCUGCUGCUCCUACUGCUGCUGCUGCAGCAGCAGCAUCAUCUCCAUUGCUUUUCACUACGGUUACCCCGACGCGCCAGGCGUCGACUUCAUCUGUCAACGUGAACGCUGAGCCUGCCGAAGGACAAAUCCCCGUGAGCCGUUCUGCCAAUUCAGCGACUGCUGGUUCUGCUGAUACUCUUGUUGCUUCUGAUGCUACUACUCCCGCUGCUGCACCCAUUGCUACCACUGAUGCAACCGAGACUCUGACCCCGCCGCCACUUGCUCAAGGCAAACCUGCCCCAACGCAGUCCAGCCAGCCUGUAGGAUUGCCAAUCCUUGCCUCUGCUUUUGCCCCAAAGCCGGCCUCCUCGGCUCCAUUGGCAUCAAACCCUUUGUCUGCUGAAUCGACCGUUGCUCCACCCGCAGAUCCUCGUCUGUUCUUUGGUCCGGGCCAGCGGUCGAGCGGCCUUCAAUCAUCUGGCACUGCUGCACUGUCUGCCGCCUCGGCGGCGUUGGAUGCAGAGGCCGCGGCUCUUCGACAGGAACUCAAUCGAUAUGAGCGCGAUGUUGCGUCGGUGGAUAGCGAGAUGAUUGCCGAUACGCAAGAGCUGCUUCGUUUGUUUGGCAUGCCAUAUCUAACCGCGCCGAUGGAAGCAGAAGCCCAGUGUGCGGCGCUCGACCUUGCCGGCAUCACGGAUGGAACCAUCACAGAAGACAGCGACGUGUUUCUGUUCGGUGCGCGUCGCGUGUAUCGAAACUUUUUCAACCCGAACAAGUACGCCGAGUUUUACGCGAGUUCUGCAAUCGAGAGUUACCUCGCGCUCGAUAGAGAAAAGCUGAUCGAUCUUGCGCUGCUGCUCGGCUCCGACUACACUUCUGGUGUGGAGCGCAUUGGUCCCGUCCUCGCCAUGGAAAUUCUCGGCGACUUUCCAUCUCUCCAGGAGUUUGCGACGUUUCUUCAUCAGUACAAGUUUGCGACCUCUGAUUUGGACUUGGACGCUGUUUCGCCACUUCGUCGAAAGUUGGGUAAAAUGUGUCGCAAAUCACCCAUCAGCCCGCCAGACAACUUCCCUGAUGUCCGAGUGCGAGACGCUUACCGAAUGCCAACAGUGGAGGUGAAUCCCAACGACAAAUUCACUUGGCGCGUCCCAGAGCUGAGCGUGCUCCGAGAGUUUACUUCCCGCAAACUGGGAUGGUCGCAGGCCCAAUGUGACGAGUUUCUAGUCCCUGCCAUUCGACGCCUCCAUCAGCGUCAGACGGUUCAGCUUUCCAUCCACGACUACUUUCCGUUGCAAGCCUCGGGCACCCGUCGCAACAUCAAGAGCAAGCGCUUGCAGAAUGUCGUCUUGGGCAUGUUAGGCAUGCCUGCCGCGGCCGCGCCAGCACCAACCAAGUCCCGAAAGGCCGCCAAAGAUACUGCUACCGAUAGCGAUCGCACUGGACGCAAGCAGCCCGCUCCUCGAAGCAAACGAAAGGCGGCCGAGGCUGCCGCUUCUGCAUUUGUGGAAGCCAAUUCUGAUGAUUCCGAAACCGUUCCCAACCGCGAGACGGCCGAUGCAGAUCCUGAUUCUGACGUCCUUGACGAAUCGACGUCUGCGCAAGCGUCACGGCGAUCCAAGCGCCGUCGUUAG